GGGCUGUUAUUUUAUAUUGUGUUGCUGACUGUUGUAGUCAUUGAUUUAGUCUCUUGGUUGUUUUGUCUUCAUGUUGAUACGUCUCAUGGAUUAGAUUUUUUUAAUGUGUUUUCUGUGGUUGCUUUGACUCACUUGUGUGUGUUGUGUGUUCUAAUAGCACCACGCAAACAUCCAUGAACUGACAAUAAUAACAAUAGUUAGUUAUUGUUAAGAGUUAACAAUAAUUUCAGCAGCAACCCGGUGGAAAGAGCAGAACAAGUCAGGGUGAAAUAUAAAAGCUUUCUAUUAAGUGUAAGUUUAUAAAUUCCAUGUAAUUUAUUGUGAUCUGAGGCGCUGGGUUCACUAGCAAAACACCAAGUUAACCACGGACAUAAGUUGUGGCCUGAGGUUUGCUUUGUGCACUGUAGCAGCUGCACCGUGCUCUGCUUCACCAGUGGUGAAUUUAUUGAGUGAGUUUAUUAUUUGAAUGAACUAUAACUCUGGUGUCUCUCCACUGCUCGUCCUCUGUGCUGCAGCUGACUCGCCUUCUUCCAGUGCAUCUCCUGAGCCUGUUGCUUAUCUGCUUAUAACCUCCCUCCCUGCCCUGCCUUCAUAAAAGGAGGAAUAACGUUCUCCCUGCUUCGUGUCAGCUUUUGCUUCUAUGCCUAAACAGUGACAUGUUGAACUGAGCAGUUCACACACAGCCUUGGUAAGUAAACUUAUAAAUAUUAUGGUGUAAGUGUGUGUGUGAUUGAUAAAAUAUUUAAUGUUUUAAUGGCAGGGGGUUUGCAGCUGUGUAUUUGUCCCUUUCCUCUUCAGUCAAUUCAGUCUCUUGGUUGUUUUGUCUUUUUGUGGAUUGGACUGUUUCAAAUGUGUUUGGUUGAUCUGGGUCAGUUGUGGAGUGUUGUGCGUCCCAGCAACAACACCUGAAUGUGGGGCGUAGCAUAUGAUGCUUUACAUUCACUCUUAAGAUGAGAAGAAUCAUUGACAUACUGGACCAGCCAGCUGACCACCUCCUCUGUGAUGGCAUGUUCACCAAGAAAUUCUUCAAGGUGGUCCAGCAGGGGGGGCACUAUAAAUGGCAGCUGAAGACUCCAGGUGAGUAUCAGCAGGAAACUGGCACUGUGGUGACACAGUAUGAGAACUCUGUCAGGUCCCUGGAUAAGCUGUUAACACUCUACCCAGUGACACAGGGCUCCACUGAGAUGGAGGAUCGCAGAGCAUUUGUGGACCUCCUGAAGUGUCUCCUGCAGGUGGACCCUGGACAGAGGAUCAGUCCUCUGCAGGCCCUGCAGCACCCGUUCAUCACCAAGGCCCACCUGGAGGAAGAGAUGGACACCAGCUAAUAUGUGGAAGACUCCUUAAAUGUUGGCCUGCCAGUGGAUGACUUGGUGCAGGAACCUUGACCAACACCUGAAAAUGAGGCGGAGGAACCCAGAGCUUCUCCAGUCAUCCCUUGUUGUAACAGCACAGGCUCAGCAGCUCCUGCAUUUCACACCAACCUGAGCUCCAAACAGAAACAUGGCUUAGAUUUCUUCUCGUGCUUCCUGCAGAUGAUGUUCUGAUCUUUUCAUUUAGUCAAUAAUAACUGUAGUAAGUUAGAGAUGCAUCAAGUGUAAUAGUCAGUUUUUAACAUUUUAAUAUAACCUUAACUCUUUUUGUGUGUGUUGCAAGCAGCAUUAAUAAAACUCACAUUUAAAUGCAUCACAUUAAGAAGAAUGCAAUGCAAUUAAAAACAAACUAAUUGUUGAAUCAUUAAUGCUUGAUAAUUAAAUACAUCCUUGUUAGCAUCACUAACUUGCU